UUUUGGAUGCUAACUUUGCUCCGGCCCCGCGUCCCCUGUGCUUGACCCCUUCCAAUCGGAUGUUCUAGAUGACUGCAUGGAGUGUUGAGUUGGACUUUUGUGUCCCCGACGGAGUUGGGCCUGAUCCCAGAGCACUGGGGGUGGGGUGGAGGUGUCCCUGUAAAAUGCAAGUUGGAUGAAAGGAGGACCUCUCGCCAAGGGCCCCAAUGAGUGGCACACAGUCUACUAUCACCGACAGGUUUCCCCUCAAAAAACCUAUAAGGCAUGGAAGUAUUUUGAACCGAGAGUCACCAACAGAUAAGAAGCAGAAAGUGGAACGCAGUACAUCACAUGAUUUUGAUCCCACAGAUAGCUCCUCCAAGAAGACAAAGUCUAGUUCAGAGGAGAGUAGAUCCGAGAUAUAUGGUCUUGUUCAGCGUUGUGUGAUCAUCCAGAAAGAUGACAAUGGAUUUGGGUUGACGGUCAGUGGAGACAAUCCCGUCUUCGUACAGUCUGUAAAAGAAGAUGGAGCAGCCAUGCGGGCUGGUGUACAGACAGGUGAUCGAAUCAUCAAGGUGAAUGGAACUCUAGUGACUCAUUCGAACCAUUUGGAAGUGGUGAAGCUAAUCAAAUCUGGUUCCUAUGUAGCUCUCACUGUUCAGGGACGCCCACCUGGGUCGCCCCAGAUUCCGCUCGCCGAUUCUGAAGUAGAACCAUCAAUCAUUGGACAUAUGUCUCCUGUCAUGACAUCCCCUCAUUCACCUGGAGCAUCUGGGAAUAUGGAGAGAAUCACUAGUCCUGUGCUAAUGGGGGAAGAAAACAAUGUGGUUCAUAACCAGAAAGUAGAAAUUCUGAGAAAAAUGUUACAGAAAGAACAGGAACGGCUACAGUCAUUGCAGGAAGAUUACAACCGAACACCUGUCCAAAGAUUGCUAAAAGAGAUCCAAGAGGCCAAGAGACACAUUCCUCAGCUGCAAGAGCAGUUAUCCAAAGCCACAGGCCCUGCUCAGGAUGGAGCCCUAGUUACACCCUCCAGACUUCUAGGUGAUGCCCUGACAGUCAGUGAUGCAGAGGUAGAUCCUGGAGAUGGACUGAGCAAGACUGAUUGCAGCAGCGGAGAUACUUCUCGGCCGAGUAGUGACAACACAGACAGUCCCAAGAGUGGCCUGAAAGAGAGGAUUUCUUUAGAGGAAAACCCAGAGAAAAAUGAAGCAAUUCAGGACAGUGACACUCAGUCACUUAUUGGGAGUCCCUCAACCCGCAUAACACCUCAUAUUAUUGGAGCAGAAGAUGACGAUUUUGGAACUGAACAUGAACAGAUUAAUGGGCAGUGCAGCUGUUUCCAGAGCAUUGAACUGCUGAAAUCUCGCCCUGCUCACUUGGCUGUUUUUUUACACCAUGUAGUUUCACAGUUUGACCCUGCAACAUUGCUCUGUUACCUCUAUUCAGACUUGUACAAACAGACCAGUUCCAAGGAAACUCGUCGCGUCUUCCUGGAGUUCCAUCAGUUCUUCCUGGACCGGUCUGCACAUCUGAAAGUUUCGGUUCCUGAUGAAAUAUCUGUGGAUCUAGAAAAGAGACGACCAGAGCUUAUACCUGAGGAUCUGCAUCGCCACUAUAUCCAGACUAUGCAAGAAAGAGUCCACCCAGAAGUUCAGAGGCACUUGGAAGAUUUUCGGCAGAAGCGUAGCAUGGGACUGACGUUGGCUGAAAGUGAACUGACUAAGCUUGAUGCAGAGCGAGACAAGGACCGCAUCAUUUUGGAGAAGGAGCGGGCAUGUGCAGAACAAAUUGUUGCCAAAAUUGAAGAAGUGUUGAUGACUGCUCAGGCUGUAGAAGAAGAAAAGAGUUCCACAAUGCAAUAUGUUAUUCUCAUGUACAUGAAGCAUUUGGGGGUAAAAGUGAAAGAACCUCGAAAUUUAGAGCACAAGCGGGGUCGGAUUGGAUUCCUUCCGAAAAUCAAGCAAAGCAUGAAGAAAGACAGAGAAGGCGAAGAAAAAGGGAAGCGAAGAGGCUUCCCCAGUAUCCUGGGACCUCCAAGGAGACCGAGUCGCCACGACAACAGUGCAAUUGGCAGAGCCAUGGAACUGCAGAAGCUGCGCCACCCUAAGCACUUAUCCACACCCUUAUCUGUGAGUCCUGAACCUCAGGACUCUACUAAGUUGCGCCAGAGUGGGUUAGCAAAUGAAGGAUCAGAUGUUGGAUAUGCACCUGCCAGUUCUGUGUCCUCUGUGGCUUCAGGGGCUGCUCUUUCCCAGGAAGGAGGAAAAGAGAAUGAGAUGGGAUCAAAGCCGGUAGGAGAAACGCCAGCACCUGGAGACUCCUUGGAUGGUACACCUCGUACUCCCAACACUGCCUCUGAUUUUCCUCCUCCUCCAUUAGACCAAGUGCAGGAGGAGGAGUGUGAAGUAGAAAGGGUGAUUGAACAUGGAACACCAAAACCCGUUCGAAAGUUUGACAGCAUAGCUUUUGGAGAAAGUCAAAGUGAGGAUGAACAAUUUGAAAAUGACUUAGAGACAGAUCCACCCAACUGGCAGCAGCUUGUUAGUCGAGAAGUGUUAUUGGGCCUGAAACCUUGUGAGAUCAAAAGACAAGAAGUAAUUAAUGAAUUGUUCUACACAGAACGAGCUCAUGUUCGAACACUGAAAGUUCUUGAUCAAGUGUUUUAUCAGCGAGUAUCCAGAGAAGGAAUUUUGUCACCUUCAGAACUACGGAAGAUUUUUUCAAACUUAGAAGACAUCCUUCAACUUCAUAUUGGGUUGAAUGAACAAAUGAAGGCUGUUCGAAAGAGGAAUGAGACCUCUGUUAUUGAUCAAAUUGGGGAAGAUUUGCUGACCUGGUUCAGUGGACUGGGAGAAGAGAAGCUGAAACAUGCCGCUGCCACCUUUUGCAGUAACCAGCCUUUUGCCCUAGAAAUGAUCAAGUCUCGUCAGAAAAAGGACUCUCGAUUCCAGACUUUUGUACAAGAUGCUGAGAGUAAUCCUCUGUGUCGUCGUCUUCAGCUAAAGGAUAUCAUUCCCACUCAAAUGCAGAGGCUGACCAAGUACCCACUUCUGUUGGAUAAUAUUGCCAAAUAUACUGAAUGGCCAACAGAAAGGGAGAAGGUGAAGAAAGCUGCAGAUCACUGUCGUCAGAUCUUAAAUUAUGUAAAUCAAGCUGUCAAGGAGGCAGAAAACAAGCAGCGCUUAGAAGAUUAUCAGCGCCGUCUUGAUACCUCCAAUCUGAAGUUGUCAGAGUACCCAAAUGUGGAAGAGCUCAGGAAUUUGGAUUUAACAAAAAGGAAGAUGAUUCAUGAAGGGCCAUUGGUUUGGAAGGUGAAUAGAGAUAAAACUAUUGAUCUGUAUACAUUGCUGCUGGAAGACAUUCUUGUAUUGUUACAAAAACAGGAUGAUAGACUGGUCUUAAGGUGUCAUAGUAAGAUUCUAGCUUCCACAGCUGAUAGCAAACACACGUUUAGCCCUGUCAUUAAGUUGAAUACAGUGCUGGUUCGACAGGUGGCAACAGAUAACAAAGCUUUAUUUGUCAUCUCCAUGUCCGACAAUGGAGCUCAAAUUUAUGAACUGGUGGCACAGACAGUUUCUGAAAAGACUGUCUGGCAGGACCUCAUCUGUCGGAUGGCUGCAUCAGUGAAGGAGCAGUCCACAAAGCCAAUCCCAUUAUCAGAGUCUCCACCUUGCGAAGGAGACAAUGAUGAAGAAGAACCUCCAAAAUUAAAAGUGGAACAUCAUAGCAUUUCAGUCACAGGUCUGCAGAGUCCUGACAGAGAUUUAGGAUUAGAAUCUUCCUUAAUAUCAUCAAAACCUCAGUCUCAUUCACUGAUGACUUCUGGGAAAUCAGAGGUAGAUGAUCUCUUUGUGACUGAGAGACAAUUUGCAAAGGAACGGAAUACAGAUGGAACACUAAAGGACGCUGGAGUAAAUUAUCAGAUCACAAUCCCAGAUUCACACUCGUCUGUCUCAGAAGAACGGUGGGCUCUGGAUGCACUAAGGAAUCUGGGUUUGUUGAAGCAGUUGCUGGCACAACAGCUGGGUUUGACUGAGAAGAGCACUCAGGAAGACUGGCAACAUUUCCCAAGACAGAGGACAGCCUCUCGGGGGGCUCAGACAGACAGUGGAACCCAGAACUCUGAAAAUGUUCAGGCCUAUCACCCUGGUGAAGGACAGAUACCCGUUAGAACUGGAACUGGUGACAUUGCAACUUGUUACAGUCCACGGACUUCAACUGAAUCUUCUGCUCCACGGGAUUCAGUGGUACUGGCAUCCCAAGAUAGCCAGGCAAGUAGCAUUUUAGUAAUGGACCACAUGAUUUUGACCCCAGAGAUGCCUACCACAGAGCCAGAAGGGGGUCUUGAUGAGAGUGGAGAGCACUUUUUUGAUGCCCGUGAAGCACAUAGUGAUGAUAAUCCAUCAGAAGGUGAUGGAGCAGUUAAAAAGGAAGAGAAGGAUGUUAAUUUACGCAUCUCAGGAACCUGUCUGAUCCUUGAUGGCUAUGAACUCAUGCAGGAGAGCUCCACAGACGAGGAGGUCGCCCCCUCACUCACCCUGCAGCCCGCCACAGGCGUCCCCUCUGCGGACUCUCCCUACCCACAGCAGCAUUCUCCCCACAAUGCUUAUUCUGAGGAGGCCGUUUCACCCUUCAGCCCAGAAUUCCUGGUCCAGCAGCGCUGGGGAGCUAUGGAGGAUUCCUGUUUUGAGAUCCAGAGUCCUCUGUCUUGUGCAGAUUCACACAGCCUGAUCAUGGAGUACAUUCAUAAGAUAGAGGCUGACCUUGAACACUUAAAGAAGGUGGAGGAGAGUUACACCAUUCUUUGCCAAAGGCUGGCUGGAUCAGCCCUCGCAGAUAAGCACUCAGAUAAGAGUUAGAGCUGCGUGUCCUGGAGGUGACUGCAGGUUGUUGGAUUUGAGCACCAGCCUUGUACCAUUGCAUCCUGGCUCCAAGUGUGGACGCGGAGAGAGUGUGUGACAGAGGACCUGCCUGUGAACCACGUGGGUUUAGCCGUGUCCCAAGGUGCCCAGAGUGGGACUGGUCUUCACGGUCUGGCAGCUGCACGAAGUCUGUCAGGGAGGGGACAUCCAUUCUCUCACUCUCCUCUCCUCACUGUUGGAAAUUCAUUUUGAUUCAGAACGAAAACCAAAUGUAUAGAGCUUUGGGUGUAGGAUAUGAAAUUGUACUUAGACUUAAAACAAAGAGAAAAUCAGAUGUAUUUAUUUGAGUUCAUUCCGUAUUUGAAAGCACAUUUUAAUUUUUAUUUGCCUCAUUUUGUUUUCCUUGAGUAGUGAGCGUUUUAGCCCUUUGUAUUUAGUACACCCAAGGAUCAACUGCUCCUGAAGCAAAGAGGUCGGGAAUGGGGUAUUUAGAGUUUGGGUAAAGAGUUGAAGAAGAGGAGGUGAGAAGAGGAAGGGAGGAACAUCUUGCCUUCACUGAACUGUAUUCCAUGCCCUCUGCUGUCCAGGAGGUUGCCUUUCUGCAGGGCACCCCAAAGGCAUAGUAUGCCCUGUGGCUGGCUGUGCAGAGGCCUUGAGCUGUGUGCUGCCCAGGUGGUCAGAGAGCAGGUGGGCUUCCUCCCGCCCUGAGGCAAGCACCUCUUCUCUGUGGCUGGGAUCAACCCCCAAUUAACAGGAAUCCUCAAUGUACUAAAUAGCAGGCACUUGAAAAUGGGUGUGUUUUCUUCUGUUGUCUUUUCUAUUGAGGGUUGGGAGUUGGGAGGGAGAGGAAAGCAAAUUUUAUUUUCUUGACUAUAAAUUUGUUAUUCUUGGUAUUGUUUCAUUUUUAUAAUUAUACAUUACACUUUGGCACUUGUGUAAAAUUAUCCCUGCAGAAUGAGCAGGAAGUGAAAACAAGCCAAUGGAAAUGCUUCAGAUGGUGGCAGGGGUGGGGAUUGCUAAGGAAGGGUGGGGUGGGAGUGGGUGAAGUUUGGGAAGGUUAUCUAACUGAAUCACUACUGAGUUGAACCAUGGCUAUCGUUAGCUGCGGGUACUGCUGAAUAUAAGGCCAGUAAAACUUUAGUACCUGGAGGUUUGACUCUAAUUUUUGCACUGAUGGUGCCAAAGGGCUCUGAGUCGAGAGGAGAGCCUAGGAUGGAGUGGAGAAAGAUGUGGUGGAGCAGGCAGCCCUGCCCCCCCAUCUCCUGAGCACUUCCUCUGACUUCAUGGCUGCAGCUCCCCACACUGGGCUGUGACUGACCUACAAACUGCAGACCAGAACAUACACUGGACGCUGCAGGCAAGGUGUUGGCAACUGCCUGCUCAAGAAUGAAUGGUAGUAUUGGCAGCACCCAACAGAGGAUAAAUGUCUCAGAACUGUAACUUGAGAACGCCUUCAGUUAUAUUGGCUUUCUGUGGUUUUCUUCACACAUUAGGCAUAUAAGUUUUUAGAGCAUUUUGCCAACUAAAAAAUGAAAUCAUUUGUCAAACCCAUGAAUUCUGUUGAUAAAUGAGGAGUUCACCCAUUGUUCACAACUUUCAGUAGUGCCCUCUGAACUCUGUGGUAGUAGGAUGUGAUUUGAUUCUUCCCUGCAGUCCAAAAAGAGGGAAAACGUUGUUUCUUGUCAUUCACAGUAAGGAAUCCUGACUGCUUCGUAAACACCACUACAACUUAACAGACUCAUCUGUCUACAUCACAUUCCUGUUUCUAUCCUUUCCAAACUGAUAGGAGUUUUUAGAUAGAUUUAACAUAGAUCUUUGGACCUCAUCUAUAAAUUGGAAUUAGAUUUCAAGUCAUAGGCCGAGUAUAGUUUAACUCAGAAUGGGAAUUAAAAUUUUAGGUGCAGAGACUAAUAUAUACGUGAAACUUGGAGGUUGGAACCUUGUAUAUCUCUUAGGAGAAGCAGGUAGAAAGAAGCCAAAUGCUUACACUGUGCUGUUGGAAAACAUGUAGUCAUUCCCACCUACCAGAGCUACUUGUAGCCACUUAACACUAACACCAUCGGGAGGUAGGUAAUCGGAGACAGGUAAAUAAAAAGGAAAUUUCACCUUAACUUCAGACACUACAGGAUAAUUAUGUAAUUCUCUAGCACUCAGUUAAGAAGCUUGUAGGUUAGCAGAGUUUUGGGUUCUUGUCUAGGUUAGCCAGUAUCUUGUCCUAAGUAACAAUUUGCUUUUCUUUUCUUGCAGUUUAACCUCUCCUUAAAGCCACAACAGGGCUAACUGGAAAAAUAUUUUGACCAUAGCUCUAGUACUUCCAAAUAAAUAAGUUCAUAACUAGAUUUUCAAAUGAAGUCCCAAGAUGAAGUCUAAUUUUGAAAAACUCCCACAAUUUUUAGAGUUGUUUUUAUUUUACCAGCCUACCUUCUCCUCUCUCUCGUGACUUUGCCGCACAUGCCUUCCAUUUCAUUUUGGUCAUUACAGUCGCAUCCAUUUGACUUUCAUAUUAUGUCUCCUCCCCGGAGGCUGAAAUUGGGGAUUCAUCCUGUCUUUGAGACUGGUUACCAUCAAAGUAGAUUUCUCAAAGUUCCAUGACAGAAGUCAGACCCUGGCUUCUGUGCUGAGGAGUUGCAAGGGUGAAGGACAGAGCAGCCUUCCUAGAGCAAGAAAUUCGUUUCUUGGCCAUUGAGUGAGCUGCUGUGGUACCGUGUUCCUGCCUGCGGGCUGAGUGGCUCCUCUGCUGUUAAGGGGCAGAUUACAUUUGGAGUAUCUCCUUCUUUUCAGAGAACAGAGUUAAUCAAGGCAAAUCAGCAGGCUUGCAAAAUGCUAUAAUUUAAAAUGAUAAUCAUUACUCUAGAAGACAUAUAUUUUGCGUGCUUUAAAAUCAGCUAACUUGGACUGCUUGAAUUAUGUUGGCUUUUAGAACCUAAAUUGGAAUUAUUAUAUUACAUUGUAUGGGAGGUAUACUCGUGCUCAGCCUUUUGGCAUUCUUUUCCACAGCAGCUUCUAAUGACUGUUUGAAAGGACGAAUCUCCUUUAAAAAUUUUUUUGACUCGUCCCCUGGUGGGUGAAGGAGGAGCUGUUGAGAUAGUAGAAAAGAAGUCUUUUUUUUUUUUCUUCUUCUUAUUUUUAGCAGCUAAAGAAAAUAAUUAUGUUUCCUGUGAGUUGUCUUUUCCUUGCAUCUUUCCCCCACCUUUUUGAUGUUCGCACAUUUUGUGUUACAUGGGGCUUCUGUGUUUCAAACUCCGGAGUUGAUGUGUGAUGUUAUUUUGAGCUACUAGAGCUUUGGUCAAUAUUUUCUUCCCUGUAUGUCACAGAGGGCACCAUUGAAAACUGUGCAUAAGACCUCAAAAUACAAAAUUAGCAGGAAUUUGCAGUCCGUGUCCUGCUGGCUGGAUAUUUUUCCCUCUAGUAUGAUAGCUUUUGUUUUGUGAGUCAUGUGUUUUCUGACAUUUCCCUUUUCAAAGAGAUCUGAAAAACUAUCCUUCCCUCAAGAAUUAAGAGUUCCUUUUGUGUCACAUCAUUCCUUAUGCCUUCCCCACUGGUACCGAGGAUUUUGAUAAUAAAUUUGUAGGAAAAAAAAUGUACCUCCUAGAAGGAAGCUCUCCCCACCAUUUCCAGGUGCCAACUGCUAAGCAGAUGUACUGCAAAAAUGGUAACUGUAAUGUGCACACUGUUGGUUAUUUUUAAUAAGUCUCUUCCUACUAGAACAUUUUAUUUUCCUUGUUCACCAUACAAUCAUGUACUCUUUAACAGAAAUUGCUUUUAAAAGAAAAUCUGGAACUAUCUUUAAAAAAACUUUAUUAAUAAUCAUGUAUUUUUACUGAUCACAUUUUGAAAUGCCUAAAAGACUUUAUUGUUCUAAUUAUCCAGAUGUACCUUUGUAAAAAUAGCUCUUUUAUGAAUUAGCUGACAAGGCUGUAUGUUUCUGGAACAAAAUAUUGGUCAUCUAAAAACUUUUCUGUUUUCUGGGGUCUGGGAAAAUAGAAAAUAAGAGUUCAAAUAUUAAAUAAGCUUAAAGGAA